CCGUUCCGUACACAGCAUGCAAUAGACGAAAUUGUGAAAACCGUGCAGAACGCCACCAAAAGACCAAGCUCUUCCCGUGCUUUUGUUCGACCCUCGGGGACAGAGAACACGGUUCGUGUUUAUGCCGAGUCCAUAACACAACCGUUGGCCGAUUGGCUUGCUACAAAAGUGGCCAUUUCGACGCAUCAACUGGUCAAUGGAACUGGGGAUCCACUGCCAGACCCAGGCCCAAUGCCUUUCCCAUGA